GUUCAUGAUGGAUAUCCGCGGGGCUGUGGUGCUGCAGUCCCCACCAACAUCAUUGCUGCAAAGGCAGCUGAGGUGCGGGCCAAUCUGGUGAACUGGCAGUCCUACCUGCAGAGUCAGAUGAUUUCAUCGGAGGACUGUGAAUUCACAAGAAAUUUGAAGUGGCCAACUCUGAGGAGAAAACAGGUCAUUCUGACCAAUGAAGGACAUCAGUGUGCGAAGACUUUUCUGAACCUGAUGGCCCACAUCUCCAAGGAGCAGACAGUCCAGUACAUCCUGACCCUGAUUGAUGACACUCUGCAGGAGAACCAUCAGCGCGUGAACAUCUUCUUUGAUUACCGCUAAAAAGACGAAGAACAC